AUGGGGUGGGAGGAAUCAAGUGGCUUUCAAGAUAACUUUCGCCUGCGGCAUGCUGCGGGCCAUGUGUGCAUCACACAGCAUCAGUGGAUCAACCUCUAUGUAAAUAAUUUCCACAUGCCGUUCAGCUACAGGCGUCUCUUUUUCGGUGGCCAGACCUUCUGCUGCUGUCUCCCAGUCAGGCUUGGGGUCAUAAGCAUGUCCAUCCUGGGCUGCCUGGUCGCAGGCCUGUUGACAGUGCUCCUUUGGUUCGAGGUCUCAUCCACGACCGGUAUGACAAGCUCAGAACGGACGGCUUUCAUUCUUGCAGGGUUGACGGAGACGUUUCUGUUCGUAGCCUCUAUCAUAGGGUUGGUAGGCGCUAUCGUUCGAAAACUAUCAUUCACGCUAGUCUACGCCUACAUCCUUUGCAUUCACUUUGUCAUCAACCUCGGAGUGGCUGCGUACCUGCUUUAUGAAAUCAUGCGCACCUCCCGCAACGCUCAACGGUUGGCUUGUCAAACAGCAAUCAAGGACCCUCAAGCGCAAGGACAGUGUUCUGGCCUACUGGCCUUCGCAAAGUGGGUUUACAUUGCUGUAGCAGGGACCGUCUUGUUUGUGGAAAUGUACGGGGCCAUCAUCGUGACCCGUUACCUCAACCAACUGAAGCGGGAAAAGAGCGACGUCAGUGCUAUGCAGAGGGACACAGAAAACGCUUUCGAGCUCAAGAGGUCGCUGAACGGUCACAACUACGCGAGGUUACACAACCCGGCAUCCCCGAACAUGGUUCCUCCUCCUGAACCAUAUCACCUGGGUCCCUCGGAGACAGAAUACAACCCGUAUGAAGAGGUUGCGACAGUCGAAAGGAACGACACCUUCCGAGACGGGGAACGGCCGCCACCUCCCAUCGAGGUAGGCUAUGGCGGUGGCUCCUGGACGCUCAGCGGAAUCGUAGAUGAAGAAAAGGAGAGGCUCAAACGAAACGAACUGGCCAUGGACGCUCAAGAAGCAUCGAGUUCGAGAAGCGGCAACCCAAAAAGGGAUUAUGAUCCACAGUUGGAUGGAAAAUCCCCUGCCCAUGAAGACACACCGCUUCCACUAUACACUCAAACCUACCAUCCCUCAUAG